CAACCUAAAACUAAAACAAAGUUCUUUAACUUCCUCUGCCCUCUCAUUCUCUCUAUAUCGAACAAAAAAGAAAAAAGCAUAUAGACAUCAUAACCACUUGGCCAAUGGCCAUGUCCCCCACCUCUGUGGUUCCAACUCCUGAAGAUAGAAAUAGUACUACUACUACUACUCUUUCGAAUCCCAUGGAAAUGGUGAAACCUCCUCAUGAAAACUCUACUUAUGUUGCUUACCCAGUUCACCUACAGCUCGCCUUAUACCCCAUAACUUUAAAGUUUGAAGAUGUUGUUUAUAAGGUUAAGUUGGAGCAAAAAGGUACAUGCUGUGGUGGAACAGCGAGGACGAAAGAGAAGACGAUUCUGAAUGGGGUGACAGGGAAGGUUUUCCCAGGGGAGAUACUGGCAAUGCUUGGUCCAUCAGGCAGUGGUAAAACGACCCUCCUAACGGCUCUAGGAGGACGCCUAGCUGGCAACCUAUCAGGAAAGAUUUCAUAUAACAGUCGCCCAUUUUCUGGUUCUAUGAAAAGGCGAACAGGAUUCGUGACACAAGAAGAUGUUCUUUAUCCUCAUUUAACUGUGACUGAAACCCUUGUGUUCACUGCUAUGUUAAGGCUGCCCAAAACUUUGACUCAAGAUGAGAAAGUCCAGCAUGUAGACCGAGUUAUAGCCGAGUUAGGGCUAACUCGGUGCCAGAACAGCAUGAUAGGUGGCCCACUAUUUAGGGGUAUUUCAGGUGGAGAGAAAAAGAGGGUGAGUAUUGGCCAAGAGAUGCUCAUCAACCCAAGCUUGUUGUUGCUGGAUGAACCGACCUCCGGUCUAGACUCCACCACCGCUCAACGGAUCAUAACUACCAUAAAGCGGCUUGCUAGUGGAGGACGAACCGUCGUCACAACAAUUCAUCAGCCAUCAAGCCGGCUCUACCACAUGUUCGACAAAUUAAUCUUGUUGUCUGAGGGCUCACCUAUCUACUAUGGACCUGCAUCUACAGCUAUGGAGUAUUUCUCAUCCAUCGGGUUUUCCACUUCCAUCACAGUCAACCCAGCUGAUCUUUUAUUAGAUCUUGCUAAUGGAAUUCCACCUGAUUCCAUGCAUGAAUACGAGCAAGGUGAAAACACAGAGCAAGAGCGGAAGUCAGUUAGGCAGAAACUCAUCACUUCUUAUGAAACGAACAUCUCAACAAGACUGAAAGCUGAGUUAUGCAGUCAAGAUGCUAGCAAACAUAACCAUGCCAAAGAUGGUUCGAUAAGAAAUGUGAAAUCAGAACAAUGGUGCACAAGCUGGUGGCACCAGUUUAAGGUGCUCCUUUUGAGGGGGGUGAGAGAAAGAAGAUUUGAAGCCUUCAAUAGGCUUCGAAUUUUUCAAGUCAUAAGUGUCGCUGUAUUGGCUGGGCUCCUAUGGUGGCACACUCCAACAUCCCAUAUUGAAGAUAGGAUAGCAAUGCUUUUCUUCUUCUCUGUUUUUUGGGGAUUCUACCCGCUAUAUAAUGCGGUUUUCACUUUUCCACAAGAAAGAAGAAUGCUUAUAAAAGAACGGUCAUCUGGGAUGUAUCGUCUCUCCUCUUACUUCCUCGCAAGAACCACCGGAGACCUGCCACUUGAACUUGCCCUCCCGACCGCCUUCACCUUCAUACUCUAUUGGAUGGGUGGGCUGAAACCCGAUCCAGCCACUUUUGUCCUUUCCCUACUUGUUGUACUUUACAAUGUCCUUGUAGCCCAAAGUCUUGGGUUAGCCAUUGGUGCCAUACUUAUGGAUGUCAAACAAGCCACAACUUUGGCCUCGGUUACAACCCUGGUUUUCCUUAUUGCUGGAGGAUAUUACAUACAACAAAUCCCUCCUUUCAUAGUCUGGUUAAAGUACUUGAGCUAUAGCUACUACUGUUUCAAACUUCUUCUUGGGGUUCAGUAUAACGAGAAUGACUUAUAUGAAUGCUCAAAAGGGGUGUAUUGUCAUGUUGCAGAUUUUCCGGCUGUCAAAUCAGUGGGAUUAAAUGAUCUACCUGUAGAUUUGUUGAUUAUGGCAAUGAUGUUGAUUGGUUAUCGACUUGUGGCUUAUAUGGCAUUGCAAAAGGUCCGGUGAAGUAGGUUUACUUUAGGACCAAUUUUCUUGAGGAAAAGUGGAAUUUCAAGAGCUUUGCCAUUUUGUCGGAAUUGAAGAGAAAUAAUCUUAGAUUUAGACAAAUAUAAAUUGCUAGCUACAACUUUGAUAAUUUUCCAGAGAUGUAGAUGUAUCACCACUCAUGUGGAAAAUAUUUACACAUAUAUAUCUAACUCAGCAAUUUGAAUUCGAGGAUAUAAAAGAAUCCUCGGUGAUAAUAAAUAUAAUGUUCUAAAUUUCAA